CUUCCUUUCAUGUUGGGAAACUUUUUGCAAAUGGCUCUUUCCGGUUCACGCUGCAUAGAGUAGACGUGAACGUAGUGUAUUUUUAUUAAAAUCACUUAUCCUUAGUGGAUAUCACAAUAAGUAAACAUGGAUGUUGAUGAUGUGGUAGAAGCCGCGCCUAAAAUCGCUGAAGUUCCUGAAAUCAAACUGUUCGGUAGAUGGAACUGUGAUGAUGUACAAGUUUCAGAUAUGUCCCUUCAGGAUUACAUUGCAGUAAAAGAAAAAAAUGCUAAAUACCUUCCUCAUUCAGCUGGUCGUUAUGCUGCUAAGAGGUUUAGAAAAGCACAAUGCCCAAUUGUGGAACGUUUGACAAACUCCCUUAUGAUGCAUGGUCGUAACAAUGGAAAAAAACUAAUGGCUGUCCGUAUUGUAAAGCAUGCCUUUGAAAUCAUUCAUUUGCUUACUGGUGAAAACCCAUUACAGGUGGUUGUUACCGCCAUCAUCAACUCCGGACCACGUGAGGACUCCACCCGUAUUGGUAGGGCUGGUACAGUAAGGAGACAGGCUGUUGACGUGUCACCCCUUCGUAGAGUUAACCAGGCUAUCUGGUUGCUUUGCACCGGAGCACGUGAAGCCGCUUUCCGUAACAUUAAGACCAUCGCUGAAUGUUUAGCUGAUGAACUUAUCAACGCCGCUAAAGGAUCGUCAAAUUCUUAUGCCAUCAAAAAGAAGGAUGAGCUUGAACGUGUCGCUAAAUCUAACCGUUAAUUUUAUAUAUUUACUGUUCUGUAUUUAAUCGUACAGAUUCAAUAAAAGUUUUGU